AUGAACGGAUGGGUGCGAUUGUUCAGAGAUGACAGUAAUGUAAGAGAAUGGCAGUCAGCAUGGGGUGAAAUGGACGAGAAACGUCUCGCUUUCUAUGACAACGACUCGGUGCAGACUGAUCUUCGAAAGCCAUUUUUAUCGGUAGAUCUAGAGAACGAACUAAGAAUCGUUCGAGUCGGUAGUGAAGUGCCUUUGAAAAUGGAUAAUGGACAAGUUUCCCACAACAUCGUACACAUAAAGACCGAUAGUAGAAAUAUCUACAUCCUGGCUCCUUCUAUACAAACGGCAAAGCGAUGGGCCGAGGCUCUGCAGAGUGCCUCAACCAGAAGGAUGAUGCUCACGCGACGGCCUAGCUCGUUCUCGGAGCAGUCCUGUCUCCUUGUGCUUUCAAAGCCUAACAAUCUAACUAUACAUACUACUUGCGUGAUCGAUGACUAUCUUCUCAUCGGAGCUCAAAGCGGUUUGUUUUAUACCAAUAUGACCUCUGCACGAGUGCCAGUGAGGAUUGGAGGAUUCAACUCGGUCACAGCGAUGGCGUGCCUAACAGAUCUAAACAUACUCGCUCUGAUAAUCGAUCACAAGCGUUCACUGGCUCUUUUACCUCUCCCAGCACUCAAAUUAGCCUUGAACGAUCUUCACCCGUCGGUUCGACCAGAUGUCGUUUCCGGCUAUGAUCAUCUUCAUGCUAUUUCCUAUCAUCGUCAAGAUGGGCAGCGGUAUUUGUGUGCAGCAAGCUCCGCCAAGAUUUACGUUCUCAAAUAUAAUGCAGCACGGGAUGUCUUUACAGGACAUCAGAUGAUCGAAACAAGGGAACCGGCUAUGUGCAUGCUGUCUACGUGUAACGGUCUUUUCUUCGGAGCGGAUAGCUUCUAUUUCGUCCAACUAGCGCGAGGUCAACUGGACCCCGUACGCCUUGUUGAGUCGAGUGUCGCAGAUUAUCCAGUAGCUUUGCUUCAAAUUCGGGACGAUGAGAUUCUGUUGGCGUACCAGAAUCAUGGAAUAUUCGUUAAUUCACGAGGGGAGCGGACAAGAAAUGAAACGGUGGAGUGGGAACAUAUGCCGAUGGAGUUUGAAUUUACUGCUCCAUAUCUUUAUGUUGUUCACUACGAUUCCAUCGAAAUCUUGCAAGUGGCGGAAUACACAGGACCAGAUUCAAGGACUAUAUUGGAUGAACGUGAAGUGUUCGAAUGCCGUAAUGCGCACGUGGUAUGCUGCCGUCCGAAUGGAGACGUUCUCAUAUCAAUCUCGAACACUGACAGCGUUGAAGUUCAUCGUUUCAACGCCACCAACAGCAAACGAAGUGCUGUAAAACGGAAAGGAUUGACGUCUGCCACAUUUGACAAACGGUCCAGAGUUGUUCUUUGA